ACACAUUUUACACAAUUAUCAUUUUUAUUUUGUGAUCAUGUUGUAAUUUUACAAGGAGUGAUGCACAACAUGGUCCUUUGUUACAAUUUUACAAGAAACUUUUUACAGGAACUAAAUAGGAAAAAACGUCCUCAUUUUAUAAGAUGUUAUGAUGCUAUGUUAAUAAUAUUAUAAUAAUAUAGAAUUAGAAAAAAAUCUAUAUUUAAGUACAUUUUUUUACAGUGUUUUAAUAUAUUUAAUAUUAUAAAUAGUUUAUAAAUUUCAUGGGGAUAAAGUUGUAAUGUCAGAAAAGUCACGUUAGGAACAUUCCAGUAAAAUGAAUGUUAAAAAUAAAGUCGUAAUUCCCCAGAAGAAGUCGCAAACAGAUGUCAUUUUACAUGAAAAAGUCCUGAUAUUAUGAACACACGUAUACCGUGGUCAAAUAAUAUUAGAACUAAAGUUGGCAUUUGAGACAAAAUAUAUAAAGAAGCAAUAUUAAAUGUCCAAAAAUGUAAUUUCACAGUUUUAAUGUGUAAUAUGUGUUCUAAAAGAGCACACAAAUACAAUAUCCUGUAGUUAUGAAUGGGUGGUUUUAUGGGUCUUUACUAUUUGCAUGCGUUACCAGCAAUACGUUGAACGUCAGGCUGUAACAUUUUAUACAGUAAUCAUUUCACACUUCAUUAUAAAGCGUCACAUUGUUUGCUCGGAUCAUUAAACGGCUCACAGUUAAUGCAUCUGUCGGGAUAAAUAUAUUGGCUCAUUUAAAUAAGCGUGCGUCAUCAGCCACAACCGGAAGUGCACUUUUAGAGCGCAUCCUCAGCGUCCAGACGGGGGCAGCAGCGAGGGAACAAGCAGGACUCUCGUGGACACGUGGGAUUUCUGUGGCAUUUUUCCAUGUUUUUAUGUCAAACUGGCCUCGCGAGCGUACACUUCCACUCUCCUUCCAUUUUAUGGAUGUUAAAGCACAGCUCGGACAGACUGAUAACUGCUCGGGAACUUCUAAUAAGGUUUAAACGUUAACAUUUCAACAAGACGUGCACUCGGGCAGAAAGCUGCUGCUGUUGCCUGACAGACAGAACUCCGGAAAUAUUUACAAAUAUUUCAACUCAAAUCAGUAUGAAAAAAGGAUUUCAAAACGUGUUUCAUUUGAGUCACACCUGCUUCUAAACACUUUAGAGUUUGCAAGGACAAAUAUUUUUUAGCUUAACGCUGCGAUAUUACAAGAAACAUAAUCAUUUCACGGGAAUAAAGUCAUCAUAUCACGAGAAAAGUAAUCAUUUCAGGGAAAAUGAACCUGAGGGAGGGAGAAUGUGGUAUUUUACAAGAAUAAAAUCGCAAUAUUAUCACACAAACGCCUUCAUUUUAUUGGAAUUUUAAUAUAUCAUUUUAAUUUGAACGAUUUUUUUUGCAGGAAUAAAGGCUAAAGUUGAAAUAUUGUAUUACAAGAAAAAGUUAUAAUUCAUAAUUAUGUGACUAAAGUCAGUAUAUUAUGAGAAAAGUCAUAAUUGCAGGGUAGGUUUUUUUUUAUUAUUUUACAAGAAACCGUCCACAUUUUACCAGAAGAAAAUGUCAUAAAUAUUAUGGGAAUAAAGUCAUAAUUUUGCGCAAAUGAAGUAUUAUGCAAAAAAGUAAUAAUUUCAGUGAAAAUGAACCUGAGAAAAAUGUUGUAAUUUAAGAUAGAUGUCAACAUUUAACCGGACUUUUUUAUAUUACAAGAAAAAAGUCAUACUACAGGAAAAAUCAUUUUAUAUUAUGAUUUUAUAUUAUAUAUUUAUAUUAUAAUAAAGUCUUAAUUUGAGUGAAAAUAAGCCAAUUUUUUUAAAGACCUCGAAAUUGUACCAUAUUACGACAAAAAAGUCAUUUUAUUUGAAUAAAGUUGUAAUUGUACGUAAUUUAAAUAGAAAUACAAAUGCACAAGAAAAAGUAAAGGUGUAUAAUAAUGGGCCAAAUUUAGGUGAAAAUAAACCUGACAAACGAGAAUAAAGUCUUGAUAUUACGACCAAAAAGUAAUUUUAAGAGAAGAAAUGGCCACUUUCACAAUAAAAAAACUGUCGACGGUCCUCAAAUGAAUGCAUUUACUGCAUCGUUUAACUUCUUUUUUGACGUGCUCGUGCAUGUGUCUGUGUGUAUGUGUGCGUGCGCGCUCUCGCGGGCUCUACUUGAUGUGUUGUUUUGCGCAGCAACACAAUCACAUUUCUUGUGAAGCGACAGGGUGUCUAGACGCACAUGUGACCAGGCUUGGAGACGGGGCAAGGGCAACACACACACACACACACACAAAACAAUCCGCGUCACACACACGCAGUUCUCCCCCCGCCUGUAGGGAGCACACACGUCUGCUGCUGCCACGCAUAAACUCUUCCGUGCGUGGAAGGAAAGGCUGCAAGGUUUCACGCUGAAGGAUAUUUCUUUGCGUGGGCUCCUCUUGGAUUUUAUGUGGAUUCUAGCGUGGAUUAAAUGGCCCCACUUUCCUGCCCCUGCCUUGCCGUAGCUCCGUGGAGCUAAAUUCCACACACACACUCCACGAUUGAGGCGAUGUUUGCAAGGAACCGCUGACCGACCACCGCGGAGCUCGUAGCGGAGGAGAAGGACUCCCUACCCCGGCGUCGUGCUGCAGCCUCGCUCCGCUCCUCCACCUCCCUCCUCCUCCGCCUCCCUUUCAGGCUGCUCGUCACCGCCUGGACUCGAACCCGGCAAUCUUCAUGAUUUGCGGACACCAUGCUCGUUUUUUAGCCGGGGAACCCUCAUCAUCUCGUCCCGCAUGUUCAGGACCAAACGAUCGGGGCUCGUCCGGCGACUCUGGCGGAGCCGCGCGCCCGUGGAGGGCGACGGGGAGGUCGGGGACAGAGGGACGCAUGGCUCCGGGGGCUGCUGCAUGGGCAAAGCGGCCAAGGUGGCCAAGUCCCACGCAGCCGGGUCGGAGGCCGAAUUAAAGGCGCUCACCCACUCCGUGUUGAAGAAGAUUAAAGAGAAACAAUUAGAGGUGCUUUUGCAGGCGGUGGAGUCCAAGGGGGGAGCACGGAGCCCCUGCUUGCUCCUACCCGGCAAAGUGGACGCCAAAGUGGGUCAAGUGUCUUACUCCCUCCCCAUGCUGCUCUACAAAGUGUUCAGGUGGCCGGACCUCAGGCAUUCCUCGGAGCUCAAGAGGCUGUCGUGCUGUGAAUCCUACGGGAAAAUCAACCCGGAGCUCGUCUGCUGCAACCCGCACCACAUGAGCAGGCUCUGUGAACUCGAGUCUCCUCCUCCUCCAUAUUCCCGCUAUCCCAUGGAUUAUCUUAAACCACCAGAUUCUCCGGACUCAGGACCUUCAUCCGGUGAGACCGGGGAAACCACUUACUCGGCCCCUGUGGGGCUUUCAGAUUCCCUGGCCAUUCAAGGGUCCGGCGAGCGGGCCCACUGGUGCGUGGUGGCCUACUGGGAGGAGAAGACCCGCGUGGGGCGCCUCUACUCGGUCCAGGAGUCCUCCUUGGACAUCUUCUACGAUCUACCUCAGGGGAACGGCUUCUGCCUGGGCCAGCUCUGCUCGGACAACAAGUCUCAGCUGGUGCAGAUGGUCCGCACCAAGAUCGGCUACGGCAUCCAGCUGACGCGCGAGGCCGACGGCGUGUGGGUGUACAACCGCAGCUGCUACCCCAUCUUCAUCAAGUCGGCCACACUGGACAACCCGGACUCGCGCACGCUGCUGGUGCACAAGGUGUUCCCCGGGUUCUCCAUCAAGGCGUUCGACUACGACAAGGCCAGCAGCCUGCAGAGACCCAACGACCAUGAGUUCACGCAGCAGCCGCGCACGGGCUUCACGGUGCAGAUCAGCUUCGUGAAGGGCUGGGGACAGUGCUACACACGACAGUUCAUCAGCAGCUGCCCCUGCUGGUUGGAGGUCAUCUUCAACACACGAUAGUGGCGGCCGAGUCCCCCCCUCUUCAUCCUCGGACACUUACCUCCCCUUCCUCCUUUUUUGUUCCAGACGCUCGAACACAGAAAGUUAUUGCAAAAGUUCCCACAAGAGACUUUCUUUAAUAAGAAUUAAUAAAAAAGAAAUAAGAGGCAAGAAAUGUAUUUUAUGUUAUAUAUAUAUAAAUAUAUAUAAAUAUAUUAUUAAUUGUAAAUACGAAGACGUUUUAUAUGCAUCAUUAUUUAUGUAUUGUGCAAUGUGUUGAUGAGAAAAAGAAAAAUAAGAUGCACUUUGCUUAAUAUAAAUGCAAAACAAAGAAAUGCCAAAAUAAUAAAAAAAAAACACACAUAUCUCACGCUGUUGUGGGUUUCUUUACUUUAUUCGU